UGUGGCCCUUGAUUACUCUGUGAACAUUUCAACCAUCCCGAAAAUCACGUAACAUGGCUACCACGGGUGAUAUUUCCUUUCCCGGCGAUUCUGAGAAGAAACACCCAUGCUCUUUUAUGAGAAGUCUCGGACUCGGUUUCUUGAAAGAUUCGAAAAUGCCGUGUCCCAUCACGAUGGCGUCUGGAGCCUCUUAUGGCCUUUUGGCCGUUAACAUGUUCAGCCCAGACCUCAUGCAAAAGGUUUCGCCUAGUCGUGAUCUCACAAACGUUUUGAUGGGUUCCACUCUGGUUGGAGGCUCGCUGUACUUGGUAUCCAGACCACAUUUGGCCACCAUCAAGGACACAAAGCAAAAAGUAGUUUUCAGUGUUUUUGGUUCAGCAAUGUUCACACUGGGCUCGCUACUGUUGUGGGCAAUGACCAGAGUCCUUGUGCCAGACAACACAACCAUCCGUGUAGUCACCGCAGUUGGUUCCAGCAUUGUUCUACUCAAGACAGGUGUGGCUUACCUGGACAUCAUUGAUGCUGACAAGAAACCCAAAUAGACUUGUGUUUUUGUCUUGCAUGUAGAUAUUGUCUUGUCUACUCUCUUUAAUAGUCGUUUUCCAGCAUUACAAACUCGUCGUUCCAGCUU